AACCAAUAUGGCGGUGAGAGCAUGGAGGUUGUAUCAGAGGAUACUCAUAUCACAUCCCUGGAAAACACAAACAUUGACCGUAGGUACUUUAGUAGCAACUGGAGACGUCAUCACACAACAACUAAUCGAAAAGAAAGGAACCAAACAUGAUGUUACAAGGACAGUAAGAAUGGGGGUAGUUGGCUUAUGUUUAGGGCCAAUACUUAGGGCAUGGUAUCUGACGCUCGACAAAGUGGUAGUUGCUAGCUCGAGACCCAAACUUGAUGGCCUAAAGAAAAUGCUUCUGGAUCAAGCACUAUUUGCACCUGUUUGCAUUGGCUUCUUCUACUGUGUCUCUGAAAUGCUGUCAGGGAAAACAUUUAGCCAGUGUAAAGAAACUCUCAAAGAACGAUAUGUUGAAACAUUGAUUGCUAAUUAUAAGCUUUGGCCAGCAGCUCAGAUAGUGAAUUUUACUUUUGUUCCUCUAGAACACAGGGUGGGCUUUGUUCAAAUUGUUGCUAUAUUUUGGAAUACUUAUUUAGCUUGGAUGGUCAACAAGCCAUCAGAAUUGGAGCAAGCCAGACUGGAUCAGGAAAAGAAAAAACAAAAACCACUCUAAUUAAGCAUCAGUGAAUUUUUCUAGGAUUAUAUGUAUAAACAGACAUCUUUACCUUGAGCAUAAUGUUAUUCUGUUGAGAAUGAAGAAUGAGAUUCUUCGUUUGAUUAAUAUCCAUAUCAUAAUUAUGUAUUCUCAUAUGAUGAUGAUGAUGAUGAUUUAUGAAUUUAUAUAGYGCCUUUUCUAUUUGAAUAUAAUCAAAGGUGCUUUACAUUGAGUUGUGAAUGACAGAUUGCGUAUUGUGCAAUUUACAAGCAUGAGAGAUGGUUAGUAUAUAUAUGCAACCAUUAAAUAAAGAAAUGAUACUCUAGAGAAUGAAACAUGAUUUGAAAAGGGAACACAUUAUGCCCAAGGUAUAGAGUCCUAUAGUUUGUAUGAAUUGGAGCAGAGGUUUAACUUGGGGGGACGGGGUGAGGCAGGCAGAAUGCCUUGAUAUUAGUUUUAAUUUGAUGCUAAAAUUUAAAUUAACUAAAACAAAAAUAAAUAAUUAAUUGUUUCUUUCUGUGAUUCCUAUUGAUUGUGAUUAUUUUAUUUCUAUAAGAUAUUGACAGCUAGUAAUUGAGCUAUUUACCCUUGAAUUCCUCAGGAAAUGGUAUUUCAAAAUCAAAAAUUCAAGUUAAGUCAUAUUAUAAUGUCAGAGUUAUUAAAAUAAUCUUGUUUUUCAGGGKUUUUUUUGCCAAGUAGUGUGAUGGUUAUUCUGGAGAAUUUUGAUAAUCAUAAUCAUAGUAAUCUUCAUAAACAUAACUUAACUAAAUUAAAUACCCCAGUUUCAAGUAGUUUGUUGCUCAGUGCGUGGUAGUCAAUUUUGUGUAGAUCAUUCAUGUUUUCCAGUGAAGUUCCAUGGAUUUCAAGGUAUUUGUAUCUUCUGUUCAAGUAAUGCCUUUGCUUAUUAAAUGGUAUUAAAAUUUAAAAGUCAUUCUCA